CCAUUUUUUAGCAAAUAGCAAGAGGCGAUCUCCGCCGUAGCACAGACAAAUAAACAGAGACAAUGGAGGCAGCUAGAACUGUUAAAGACGUUUCCCCUCAUGACUUCGUCAAAGCUUACGCCGCACAUCUCAAGCGUUCCGGCAAGAUCGAGCUCCCUCCGUGGACUGACAUUGUCAAGACUGGUAAACUAAAGGAGCUUCCUCCCUACGAUCCUGAUUGGUACUACAUUAGAGCCGCUUCCAUGGCAAGGAAGAUAUACUUGAGGGGAGGUCUUGGUGUUGGUGCCUUUAGGAGGAUUUAUGGAGGGUCUAAGAGGAACGGGAGUCGCCCACGCCAUUUCUGCAAGAGCAGUGGAUCCGUUGCGCGCCACAUUCUUCAGCAAUUGCAGAAUGUGAACAUCAUUGAUAUCGAUCCUAAAGGUGGAAGGAAAAUCACAUCGAACGGCCAGCGUGAUCUCGACCAAGUAGCUGGAAGGAUUGCAGUUGCCAUCUAAGAAAUUUUAAAAGAGCUGUUGUUGGAGGUUUUGUCGAAUCAAUUUUCGUGUUGGAACAUCCAAAAUUUUUUUAUUUUAG